GCCAGAAAUGUAGGCAUUUGAAGGAGUCAACCAUUUCUGCUCUGGAAUGGUGGUUACAAGCUCCUGAUCUUGCUCAUCACCGGCUCUGCUAUGACUGUGGAUGUCAGUGACUGCUCAUAUGGCACUCCAUACCAAGACAGUAACUGGAGCUCUGAUGGAUUACAUCAGAGCUCCCAGGGCAAAAUACACACUGGUAGGAGAAGCAGUUCGUUAUAUCAUCCCGGGACCUAUGCAGUGCUCAAUUGGCUGUGGAGGUCAAGACUGCAAGUAUGACAAUCCAAAUUACUGGAGUGCUGACAAGCAGGCAAUAAAAGGCCUCUACUCAUCCUGGGUUACCGAUCACCUUCUUGCCAUGUCCAGACCCUCAACAGAGAUCAUUGAAAAAUAUAAUAUUAUUGAUCAAUUCAAAAGGAGUGGUAUAAAGACAGUGAUCAACCUGCAGAGGCCUGGUGAACAUGCCAGCUGUGGAAACCCUCUGGAGCCAGAGAGCGGCUUCUCUUACCGUCCAGAGGUCUUCAUGGAAAAUGACAUUUAUUUCUAUAAUUUUGGGUGGAAUGACUACGGAGUGGCUAACCUCACAGCCAUGCUGGACAUGGUGAAAGUCAUGGCCUUUGCAAUCCAGGAAGGAAAGAUAGCUGUCCACUGUCAUGCUGGUCUGGGACGAACAGGUGUAUUGUUAGCAUGCUUCUUGGCCUAUGCAACCAGGAUGUCAGCUAACCAGGCCAUAUUAUAUGUACGUGCUAAGCGUCCUAACUCCAUACAGACCCGAGGUCAGCUGCAGUGCGUCAGGCAGUUUGUCCAAUUCCUUGUCCCUCUAAGGAGUGUGUUUUCCUGUGCUAAGCCUCGGUCCAACCCAGUCACCCUGUCCCAGUACCUGAUCCGGCAGAGACACAUGCUGCAUGGGUAUGAGAGGAGGGAGCUGAGGCACCUACCCAAACUCAUCCAGCUGGUGUGUAGGCUGCUGUUGGACAUUGCAGAGAACCGGCAGGUCAUUGAAGAAGACAUUCUGGAGGCUCCUGAUAUUGACGACCUAGAGAUGACCCUCAGCACCAUUGAGAAACUGGGACCAGAGUUCUUCGGAAUGCAGACCCAUUUACCAGGCCCUCCCACCUUACCCAGGCAUUUCAACGAGCCACCCAUCUUCUACCAUCGCAAAAGUCUAAGCUAUAGUGAGUCUGACUUGAGACGACUGGGGUCACAGCUCAAUCUCCUGACACAACCUCUAGGCUCUCUGUCACAGAAUAAUGUUCACAUGGUCUGCACCCCCUCCAAGUCCUCCCUCCCUGCAGGUUGGAACAGCAACCAGUCCAUCGUCUCACACAGCUCAGCAAGCUCACUCUGGGAGCACAAGAAUUUCCCAAACCAUAAAGAUGGAGUCCUUGCCCUGAAGAAAGUCAAAAGGAAAAUCAUCCAACGCAGUGAGUCCUUGGGAAAUCACAAUUGUGAGCAGGACAGCAUGGUGUCGAGGUGGAAGGGGGAGCAGAGGCAAGAGUCAGCUGUGAAUGGAAGUAAGUGUCACGGUGGAGUAGAUGAGGAAUCGGAGGUGCCGUUUAUCACUCUGCAGUCAGAGUUGUCACUGGAGGCCAGGAGGCUCCUGGUGGGACAGGCUCUAGCUGUGAACCUUUUCAAAGAAGGGGAGGAAGAGCACAAGCAUGCAGUCUUAGCCUGGGAGGCAGAGCUGAACCAAGGUGGAGCAUGGGAGAGGCUGUGUAUGGAGCGGGAUCCCUUUAUCCUGACUGGGCUGAUGUGGGCGUGGCUGGAGCAGCUUAAAGAACCAGUUAUCUCAAUCCAGGCUGCUAAGGCCCUGAACCCAGACAACACUGACGCUCAGAAUGUCCUCAACACUCUGGACCAGGCCCCCAGAGAAGCAUUAAUGUGCAUACUAAAUUGCAUGGCUCAUAUGCUGAAAAUACCAGAGGAUGUAGAGGAUGCAUUCCUUGAUCGCACUAUAAAAGCUUUCACAUGGCUGGAAAAGAACUCUGAGGAAGGCAGUAAAAUCUAUGAGAGCAUGUCUGCAGUCUUCAGGUGUGUCCUUCUAGACAUGAGGUGCACAGCCAUGAAAGAAGAUGAGCUUCAAGUGCCUGGCUUCCCUUCAUCAUAGCUACUACCAGAUGAAUAGUGUGUGCACGUGCACAUGGAAAGCUGGGGGAAGGUGUGCCAUAACGAGUAUUAUAUAUGUAUAGGGCCCUAUGAUUGCCAUGAUGCAAAAGACAUGGAUGGAAUCGUGGAAUUUGAUAAUCAAUUGUAAAAUGCGGAAUAUCGUGGAAUUUGCCAAACAUGUGCAUGUAAUGUAUACAAAUCAGGGUUUUCCUGACCAUUAUAAGUGUUUCUUCACAGCUCCUAAGCCAAAAUGAACAGAAAAAACUAUGCUGAGAGUCUCUACCAUUUUUGUAGUGUCAUUUACAUACACGCUGCUGCAGCUUCUGUCCAUUUGAAGCAGUAUUUCUCACACACACACACACACACACACACACACGGGCGGCGUGCUAGCAAGAGG